ACCUCCAGCUGUUACUGUUGUCUGCUGCUUUAAGAAAGUAAUAAAAUAUAAUUUUUGGUUUCUAAUACACACAUUUAGGGUCAAGUUUUAAUUGGAACACAAUUUAAUAUUGUUUUUUGAACCAGCUCUUUUUGAUGUGGACGAUUUUAUAAAAAAUAACUUUAUUUGAAGACCGUAAUGUAUAAUAUGAAUUACAUUAUUUCGGAUACCGACUUAAUUUCGGACAAUUGGGGAUCCUUGAAAGAAUGAUGUGAUUGUGAAGAAGUAACCUGUACUGCUGACGCAAAUUUCGGGAAAAUGAAGCAUAACGUCUGCAUGGUUUCCGACUUCUUCUACCCGAACCAAGGAGGUGUUGAGAGCCAUAUUUACCAUCUGUCUCAGUGUCUCAUUAACCGUGGUCACAAGGUCAUAGUUGUCACACAUUACUAUGGCAGCAGAAGAGGUGUACGCUACCUCAAGAAUGGACUCAAGGUGUAUUACCUCCCCUUUCCAACCAUGUACAACCAGUGUAUCUUACCGACCAUUCUGACCACACUUCCACUGCUGCGGAACAUAUUUAUAAGGGAACAAAUCAGCAUAGUGCAUGGGCACUCUGCCUUUUCUACCAUGGCCCAUGAAGCGAUGUUCCAUGCUCGGAACAUGGGGCUGAAGACUGUGUUUACGGACCAUUCACUGUUUGGGUUUGCAGAUGCUAGCUCAAUUCUCACCAACAAACUGCUCAAGUUCUCAUUGGCUGAUUGUCAUCAUGCUAUCUGUGUCUCACACACAAGUAAAGAAAACACAGUAUUGCGAGCAGCCAUCCCACCAGAAACUGUAUCUGUGAUACCAAAUGCUGUGGACGCAUCUAUGUUUGUACCUGAUCCUUCAAAAAGACAUCCAGAAAAAAUUACAAUUGUGGUAGUGAGUCGACUAGUGUACAGGAAAGGCAUGGAUUUGCUGGCCGGAAUUAUACCAGAGAUCUGCUUUCAGCACUCUGAUGUUCAGUUUAUCAUUGGUGGUGAUGGGCCAAAGCGUAUCGUUCUAGAAGAAGUUCGCGAAAAGCACCAACUACAAGACAGAGUUACAUUCCUUGGCGCCCUUGAGCACAGUCAAGUUAGAGAUGUGCUGGUUCAAGGCGAUAUUCUCAUAAACACAUCCCUUACAGAGGCUUUCUGUAUUGCCAUAGUGGAGGCUGCAUGCUGUGGCCUGCAGGUGGUGAGUACGAGGGUGGGAGGGGUGCCAGAGGUGUUACCCCCGGAGAUGAUCAAACUGGCUGAGCCAAGCGUGUCUGAUCUAUUGGACAAGUUAGAGGAAGCCAUAUUGAAUCAUCGCCAUGGCAACAUACUACCUCCAUUUGAGGCAAACAGGAAAAUAGCAGACAUGUACACAUGGCCUAAUGUAGCCCGAAGAACUGAACAGGUCUACGAUAUGGUCUGUACGCUGCCACAUCGGGAGCUACAGAGAAGGAUUAGGAGAUACUACCAGUGCGGUCCUCUCGCCGGCAAGCUGUUCGUGAUAGCAGUUAUACUCGAUCUUCUCUUUCUGGCCUUUGUUUCUUUUCUCCAUCCAGCUCAGGAGAUAGAAUUGACUCCCAGCUUAUCAGGACCAACAGCCACAAUUUACAGGGAACCAGUCAAUGGGACAGAAACCAGAACGAGGCUGAAAACAUGAUUUUCUUUAUAUUGUUUAUUUAUUUUUAGAAUACAUUUAGUUUGACAGUAUAACUAUGCAAAAUAAAUAAAACAUGCAAAUAUA